AUGGCGAGCGUCGGUGGAGGUGGUGGCGGCGCGAGCAAGAUGGCGGAUAAGGAGAAGAAGAAGAAGGAGAGUAUUUUGGACCUGUCCAAAUACAUCGACAAAACAAUCCGAGUGAAAUUCCAAGGUGGGAGAGAAGCAAGUGGUGUCUUGAAAGGAUUUGACCCUCUUCUGAACCUUGUGCUUGAUGGUACCAUUGAAUAUAUGCGAGAUCCAGAUGAUCAAUACAAAUUAACAGAAGACACACGUCAGCUGGGACUUGUGGUCUGCAGAGGGACUUCUGUGGUUCUUAUUUGUCCACAGGAUGGAAUGGAAGCUAUUCCAAACCCUUUCAUUCAGCAGCAAGAUGGCUAAUGCUUUCUUUGGAUUGUCUCUGAAGACUUCAAGGGUGCAAAUCAUUGGAGAAAACUAUCAGUGUGUGAGAAGCUUCCUGUUUUGGGGGAGAAGUUUGAAUGGGUAUUUGUUAGUGUGAAAGAACGGUCAACUUUUAUUUCUGUGGCUUUCCAUAAAUGAUGAGAGGAUGGGGCAUGGUGUGCAAGAAGUAAGUUCUGAUUUUUAUUUCCCCCCCCCAAAUAAAUGUGUAACUACAUUGUUUAGAGCUGACAGGAGAGAAUAUAUCGUCAUGGAAUUGUCUGAGACCCUCUUGAUCUUGUGAGUUUUGAAACAACCACAUAAAAUUAGUAAAGAUGCCCUGAAUAUUGGUUAUAUUAUUUACAUGUUUAAAUACAUUAAAAAUGUAUUUAAUCUAAAUUAAUCUAAAGCCUAAAUACAUUAGAACAUGUUUUUCUUCCUCUUAGAUGUCAGUUCUCAGCUGGGAAGCAUUGUGUUGUAGUCUUCCUGCUGUUGAGUUCAGUCUCUUUUGCCUGCUUGCUCCAGUGCACGCAGGAAAAUUACUUCCUUGUAUAGUACCUUGUCAUCACCUCUACAAGCUAUGUAGCUAAGAAGAUCUUUUCUAGCACUUGUUCCAGAUCUUGUGGGCUGUUAUCUGUGUAUCAGAAGGACUGCACUAACUUCUAGGAUGAUUCUUGGCUGAGUGACAUGAACCUUAUGGAAGUACCUGUUCGACACUUGGAAUUUUAGGGGAAGAAUAUUUAAGAUAGUAAUGUUCAAUUGUAGGCAGUGUCUGGAAAUACUGCAUAUUUUUAUAUAGUAGCUAUCCACUUGUGGUUCUGCUUGUUAUAACUUGAUUUGUAAGUAAACAUUCUUAUUUCUUUUAUACUGCAGAAAUAUCAAGAUUUGAGGAGUUUUGAGUGAAUAAAUACAAAUUAAUCUGUU